GGGCUGCUGAGGCGGUACCUGCGCGGGGAGGAGGCGCGGCUGCGGGACCUGACUAGAUUCUAUGACAAGGUACUUUCUUUGCAUGAGGAUUCAACAACCCCUGUGGCUAACCCUCUGCUUGCAUUUACUCUCAUCAAACGCCUACAGUCUGACUGGAGGAAUGUGGUACAUAGUCUGGAGGCCAGUGAGAACAUCCGAGCUCUGAAGGAUGGCUAUGAGAAGGUGGAGCAAGACCUUCCAGCCUUUGAGGACCUUGAGGGAGCAGCAAGGGCCCUGAUGCGGCUGCAGGACGUGUAUAUGCUCAAUGUGAAAGGCCUGGCCCGAGGUGUCUUUCAGAGAGUCACUGGCUCUGCCAUCACUGACCUGUACAGCCCCAAACAGCUCUUUUCUCUCACAGGGGAUGACUGCUUCCAAGUCGGCAAGGUGGCCUAUGACAUGGGGGAUUAUUACCAUGCCAUUCCAUGGCUGGAGGAGGCUGUCAGUCUCUUCCGAGGAUCUUAUGGAGAGUGGAAGACAGAGGAUGAGGCAAGUCUAGAAGAUGCCUUGGAUCACUUGGCCUUUGCCUAUUUCCAGAUAUUACCCAUGAUAUUGCCAUGGACAAAGAAGUUUGAUUAUGAGCUUUUCCCAUCUGCAGUUGAGUCCCACUGCCCAGAUAAUAAGAGGAUGGCCAGGAAUGUCUUGAAAUAUGAAAGGCUCUUGGCAGAGAGCCCCAACCAGGUGGUAGCUGAGGCUGUCAUCCAGAGGCCCAAUAUACCCCACCUGCAGACCAGAGACACCUACGAGGAGCUAUGUCAGACCCUGGGUUCCCAGCCCACUCUCUACCAGAUCCCUAGCCUCUACUGUUCCUAUGAGACCAAUUCCAAUGCCUACCUGCUGCUCCAGCCCAUCCGGAAGGAGGUCAUCCACCUGGAGCCCUACAUUGCUCUCUACCAUGACUUUGUCAGUGACUCAGAGGCUCAGAAAAUUAGAGAAUUUGCAGAACCAUGGCUACAGAGAUCAGUGGUGGCAUCAGGGGAGAAGCAGUUACAAGUGGAGUACCGCAUCAGCAAAAGUGCCUGGCUGAAGGACACCGUUGACCCAAUGCUGGUGACCCUUAACCACCGCAUUGCUGCCCUCACAGGCCUUGAUGUCCGGCCUCCGUAUGCAGAGUAUCUGCAGGUGGUGAACUAUGGCAUCGGAGGGCACUAUGAGCCUCACUUUGACCACGCUACGUCACCAAGCAGCCCCCUCUACAGAAUGAAGUCUGGAAACCGAGUUGCAACAUUUAUGAUCUAUCUGAGCUCGGUGGAAGCUGGAGGAGCCACAGCCUUCAUCUAUGCCAACCUCAGCGUGCCUGUGGUUAAGAAUGCAGCACUGUUUUGGUGGAACCUGCAUAGGAGUGGUGAAGGGGACAGUGACACACUUCAUGCGGGCUGUCCUGUCCUGGUGGGAGAUAAGUGGGUGGCCAACAAGUGGAUACAUGAGUAUGGACAGGAAUUCCGCAGACCCUGCAGCUCCAGCCCUGAAGACUGAACUGUUGUCAGAGAGAAGCUGGUGGAGUCCUGUGGCUUUCCAGAGAAGCCAGGAGCCAAAAGCUGGGGUAGGAGAGGAGAAAGCAGAGCAGCCUCCUGGAGGAAGGCCUUGUCAGCUUUGCCUGUGCCUUGCAAAUCAGAGGCAAGGGAGAGGUCGUUACCAGGGGACACAGAAUGUACGUUUGAUCUGCUCCAACCAUGGGAGUCAGAGUAGGAUGCAUAGUACAAAGGAGGGGGGAGUGGAGGCCUGAGAGGCAAGUUUCUGGAGCUCAGAUACUCUCUGUUGGGAACAGGACAUCUCGACAGUCUCAGGUUCGAUCAGUGGGUCUUUUGGCACUUUGAACCUUAACCACAAGGACCAAGAAGUGGUAAUGAGGACACCUGCAGGAGGGGCUAGCCUGACUCCCAGAACUUUAAGCCCUUCUCCCUACUAUCUUCUGUUGCAGCCCAAGUAGGGAGUGUCCCCCUCCCAGAAGCAUAUCCCAGACGAGUGGUACAUUAUAUAAGGACUUUUUUUAAGUUGAAAGCAACUUUCUUUUCUUUUUAUAUGAUGGCUUUUUAAUGCAGUCAUUAAAAAUGUUUACAAAUCA